AUGCUCCUGGAACAAAUGAGGAGAAUCCCCGCCUUCUCCUGCCUGAAGGACAGAAAUGACUUUGGAUUCCCCCAAGAGGUAUUUGAUGGCAACCAGUUCCAGAAGGCUCAAGCCAUCUCUGUGGUCCACGAGAUGAUCCAGCAGAUCUUCCACCUCUUCAGCACAGAGGGCUCGUCUGCUGCCUGGGAUGAGACCCUCCUGGACAAAUUCUACACUGGACUUGAUCAGCAGCUGACUGACCUGGAAGCCUGUCUGACCCAGGAGGUGGGGGUGGAAGAGACUCCCCUGAUGAACGAGGACUCCAUGCUGGCUGUGAGGAGACACUUCCAAAGAAACACUCUGUAUCUGCAAGAGAAGAAAUACGGCCCUUGUGCCUGGGAGAUUGUCUGA